AUGCCACCAAAGAAGAAACCAGCAGCUUCAGUACCAGCGACUGCUACUAUUACUACACCAACAACAACUUCAAGUUCAACUUCAACAACAACUACUACAACGACAACUAAUGGAAGUGGCGGAAGUAGUAGUCCAUCAUCGAAUGUAAAAGUAAUCAAGUGGUAUUGGGCUGGUGAUAGUGCAACAGGAACACAAGAUACUUUGGUUGAAUAUACAAAGGCAUUGAAUGAUCAGAUAGAAGAUGCCUAUCAAACCUAUCUCACCGACAAAAAAGACAAGAAAGCCAAAAAGUUUGAUGUUGACAAAGAUCGUUACAUCGACUUCCCAACAAUGACACAAUGCCGAAAAGAUGAUAAAUCAAAGAAAAGAACAAUCGAGAGAAAAGAAGAACUUGUCACUGCGACUUCCUCUGGAAGUGCACCGGCAACACUACCAAAGAGAGAAUUGAAAAAUUCAAAGGUGACAGCCAGCAAAAAGAGACAGAUCGAUAGUAGUAGCAGUGAAAGUGACAGUAGUGAUAGUAGCGAUAGCGAUAGCGAUGACGACGAGGAUGAAGACUACUAUCCGAGUUGGUAUUGGGCUGGCGAUAGUAAUGGUGGUCCAGCCAACGGUGGUGGACAUCAAGAUGUCUGGGUCAAAUACGAUUUAAAAUUCGCAAAGAAACUCGAGGAAUCCUACCAGAAGGGUGAUAUCAAGUUGAAGGUAGACAAAGACCGUUUCAUCGAUAUACAAAACAUGUUGCAACGUCGUUACGACGACGAAUCGAAGCGACGUUCGAUCAAGCGUGAAGACGCUGCCAAACUUCGUCCCACCAAGAAGAAAUCAAAGACAACAACAACUACCACCACUACUGUUGGCGGUACAACCACAACAUCGUCGUCGUCGGCAGGAGCAUCAGCAAUCUCUUCCACAGCAAGUGCAAUUGCUGCCGUCCUCAAGUGUCCGUCGUCAUGGAUCGACAUCUCCAUGGACUACAAGGAGAUCGACGUCUAUCCAAACACCAAGGAAUUCAUGUGGAUGUCCGAUUUGUUCACUUCGACAAUCUCACAUCUUCACAAGGGUAAAUCGACGUUGUCUCCGAUCGUCUUUAACAAUCUCAAGGUGUCGCGUGUCGUCCGAAUACAAAACCCGAUCGUCUGGAUGCGUUAUCACCAUCGUCGACAAAAGAUCCUCGACGACAACGGUGGAAAGUGUAAACCGGUGCCACUCGUCAUCACAGACAUCCCCAACGGACCGGAAGUCGAACGGCUGGCCAACGAAAUCUACCUGUUCCACGGUCUCAAUGUAAGCUCGAUCCCGGGUAUCGCCAAGUUUGGAUUCGAUCCACGAUUCUGCUCACUCGAGGGUAUGUUUGGUGCCGGACUCUACUUUGCCGAGAAUUCAUCAAAGUCCAACCAAUAUUGUCACGCUGGUGCAUGCACCGCCAGUGGAUUCCAAUCGAUGUCCUGUAAAUGUACUGCAAAUGAUGAAGUUUGUUUACUUGUUUGUCGUGUAACAUUAGGUGAUUGUUUAGUUGAAAAUGUAUUUAGAGGUAAUACACCAGGUAAAUUCUGGUAUGGUAGAAGAACCGAGCCAAAGAAACCUGAUGGUGUAAAUAUUUAUAACAGUGUAAUCGGAGAGUCAAAAGCAAACUAUGGUCCAAAAGCAGAGCUGCAGCUCAGAGAAUAUAUUGUCUAUGAAUCAAGUCAGGUAUAUCCUGAAUAUAAAGUAUAUAUAGAUUUAUUAAAAAAAUUAAAUAAUAAUAACUAUGAAGACUAUAGUUAUUUUAUACCUGGUGGUUGCCCAGAUUAUCCAACUCCUGUACCAAUUGAUCAGAAUGAUCCAACCAUUCAAAAAGCCUAUGCAGAGGUAGACUCUCUCAUCCAACAGAGAAUGGAAGAGAAUGGAAUCAAGAGUUUUAUGGCCACUAUUGUCUAUGGUGAUAAUAUGGUCUGGUCAAAAGCAUACGGUCAAGUAAAUCCAUUGGAUGAAAACUCACCACCUCUUACCAUUGAUAACACUGUAAGAAUUGCAAGUAUUACAAAAUCAUUUACUGAUUUAAUGAUGUUCCAAUUACGUGAUCAUGGUGUCAUUGCUUUGGAUGAUCCAAUCUCGAGAUACUAUCCGGAUUUCACUAUUAUGAAUCCAUAUAAUACCAAGAGAGAUAUCACAUUCCGUGAGUUGGCUUCUCAUCAAUCUGGUUUGCCACGUGAAGUUCCAUGUGACUUUGACAUGCUGCCAAAUUCCACUAUCUGUUCAGAGGAGAUCAUCUUGGAGCGUCUUGGUAAGACCUUCUUGAUUCUCCCACAAUACACAAUGACCCACUAUUCCAAUUUGGGAAUGGCUCUGCUCGGUCGUACCUGUGGAAAGGCCGCCAAAGUCGAGUAUGAAACCUACGUUGAAGAGAAGAUUCUCCAUCCCCUCGGAAUGAAGAAUUCAUCGUUCGAGUAUGAUGCUAUCAAGGACCGUAUGGCCAUCGGUUUACAGCUCUACAACGGUACCUACUCUGAAGCACCAAUCCUUGGACUCGGCUGGGGAACUCCAAUGGGUGGAUUGUACGCCACCGGACGUGACAUGGCGCGUUACGCCAGCUUCUGGUUGUCCGAUGAAAACGACAUUCUCGACAGUUCCACAGUGAGAGAAGCCAUUGGAACCACUGUAUCGUUGGUCAACGACGGUUCCAGCGCUUACGGAACUCCAUGGGAAACAUUCUACAACGAAGAUAACAAUGUCUGGGUUAGAAUGAAAGCCGGUGCUCUCGAUGGUUACCGUUCACAGCUCGCCAUGAUCCGUGAGUACAAGAUCGGUGUCUUCUUCUCGGCAAUGAUGUACAUCUCGUCGGUCGAUCUCUUUGUACAGGAUGCUCUGAAUAUCUUGUUGCCAGCAUACAACGCUGUUCUCCUCAGCCAGAACGCACCACCCGAACUCCCCAAGCCAAUGUUGUUCAAGUCACAUCGUCCUGCACCAAUUCCAAUGGGUACAUUCAUCGGUCUCUACGAGUACGAGGGUGGUUACUUCCGUGUGCGUGAGAUGGACAAUGCUUUGGUCGCCGAUUUCGGAGACACCAAUCUCUUCAACGUCACCGAUUUCAGUGCCGACUAUCCAGAGAUCAAGCGUAUCCAAAUCGCUCAACCACAACAGUACAACUGCAUCUACUGUGAUGACGGAUCAAACUAUGAACUCGUAUACUUUAGAGUAAAGAGCAACGAUGUUUCCGCUGUACAAGUCAUGGGUCAAGAAUACCAAUUGGUAUCAAAGAAUCCAAACGUGCCACUCAGCGAAAAACGAAGAAGAAUAGGAUUUGUAACUUCUUAUAAAUCAAUAAAUUCAUUCAAGAGUUAA